AUGGCAGACGUCGUGAAGAGCAUCCUGGGAAGACCCCAUCUCCAGCCAAUUGAUCUUCUUGACCUUCCAGUUGUCGAUGAAAGCUUUUGUUUCCGGGGUGUCUACCUCGAUGUUGUACUCAAGAACGGCACAUACCUGGUCGAGGGUGUUUAUGUUGGUUCCAGUCUGGGGUACAAAGGGUACCUUGGGAUCUCCGGUCGUGUCGCCUUUCACCAAAGGUUCUCAUUGAGAAAUUAUAACUACCUGCCAAGAGAUGUUAAGUGUCACCAUUAUAGUGUAGCCUGCAAAGACUAUGUCACUCCACACUUCCGAAUAGUCUCACUAUUUGAAGUGAUCCGUGGCAACGCGGUUGCAUCAAUUCUCGCGGAGCAAGGGCUUAUGAUAUACCUCUCAACAGUGGCACGGGCAUACCCCAAUCAGCUGAAUCUCUUUCACGAAAGCAGGAAUGGAAUCCAAGAUCUUCCUGACUUCAGUGACAUCGAAGCCAAGAAGCCCACUGUUGCAACUGUGGCCGCCCAUUCACGAAUCUUCCAGACGAAAAGAGAUGGAAAGGCUUCUUCGAAGCGAGACGUUGCGCUGCCUGUUGGCUCCGUUGAUACAAGCACAAGGAGGAGAACUGCCCCGAUCUCAUUACUGACGCAAGGAUGCAUGAGGCCUGAGUUGGCUGGGGCAACCCUGAUGCAUGUGGGAAUCCAGCAUGCGAAGAGCCAGAAAUGCGCGCAAUUUUCGUUUUUGGGUCAGGAUAUUCCAUGCGCAGGUUGUUACCUGCAUCUAAGAACUCACGGCAGCGAUAACGAUAACCCGAAAUAUGGGCAGACGGCGGCGGGUCAUCGCAAGUGGGUAGAGGAGGGGCAUGACGAUGUCUAUGGAACAUAUCGUGUACCUAGUCCGAUUGAUAGCCACCUCGUUGGAGGGAAAGGCUGGAAGACAGCAUCUAAAUGCCCGGCCUGCGCUCGCAAGCCAACCAAGAAAGAAGAUGAGGAGUGGAUGGAGCUGUAUGGGGAUAUCAGCGCAAUAUGUGGUGUAGACCGCGAGUAUACCAUUUUCAUAAUGCGCCGCACAUAG